AUGGCAAUUUCAAAACCGAUUGAAAGCACCACGGAUCAGAACUGUACAGCUACUAACUUUUCAGGCGCUGUGAAAUCGGAUGUUAGUGUUGUACUGGCUACGGCGAUAGUGAGAAUACGAGACCAAUCUGGUGAGCUGGUGCCAGUGCGAGCUUUAUUAGAUACUGGAUCACAAAUUUCGGCCAUUACCAAUCAGUGUGCGAUCCAACUUGGUUUACCACGUCAUAAGGGACGAGUAGAGGUUAGUGGUCUGGCACAGCAGCCCGUACGAACUGUUAAGGGUUCAACCAACUGUAGCUUUAUUCCUUUGUUGUAUGAUGCACCGCAAAUAUCGGCCACCAACAUUGUAAUAUUACCAAAAAUCACCGCUCUUAUGCCGAAUCAAAAAUUACCCAUUUCAAUUCGUGAGCAAUACGGGCAUCUUCCACUCGCUGACCCCGAUUUUGAUGUACCAGGUUCAGUAGACAUGCUGAUUGGAGGGGAUUUAUAUCCAUUCAUCUUGCAAUCGCGAUCGGAUAUUGUCCAUAGUCCCGGUCUGCCGUCAGCCUUGAACACACAGUUUGGUUGGGUAAUAGUCGGAGCCAUAGAAGGGUCAAGAGAAUACUCUACGGCUUCAUCGUUGGUGGUUCAUGCGGCAUCAGAUAAUCAAAAUAUAGGUGAGCUUUUACAGCGAUUUUGGGAAGUUGAAGAACUUGAUAUAAACCAUAGCCCAAGCACAGAAGAUGAAGCAUGUGAAAGACAUUUUCAAGAAGAAACAGUAUCGCGGGAUUGUAAUGGAAGAUUCCAUGUUGCUUUGCCUUUCAAAUCCAUAAUUUCUAGUUCAAUGGAUAAGGGAAAUACAAAGCAUGACGCUCAUUCAUUAGGCCUAGGAUCGUCCCGGGCAUUAGCUCUGAAUCGCUUAUAUAAUCUUGAACGUCGCCUAAGUAAGGACGAAGAGCUAUAUAACGCCUAUCGUGAUUUUAUGGAUGAAUAUAUUGCACUAGGCCAUAUGAAGUUGGCUGAACGCACCGGAGAAUAUUUCAUACCACAUCACGCAGUUGUAAAACGGAAGGAGAAUGAUAUAAAAAUUCGAGUUGUUUUUGAUGCCUCCGCCCCUUCUUCGUCGGGACGUUCUCUGAACGACUGCUUAGCAACUGGGUCUAAAUUGCAAACCGAUAUCGGUGACAUCUUGUUGCGUUGUCGAUUCUAUAAGUACAUAUUCAUAGCGGACAUAGUUAAGAUGUAUCGACAAAUAUUCGUUCGAAAAGAAGACCGUGUUUACCAACACAUUCUUUGGAGACGUUCACCACACGAGCAAGUACAGGAAUAUGAGUUGUGCACUGUUACCUAUGGUAUAAAUUCAGCACCGUUUUUAGCAAUUCGCUGUCUUCUUCAAUUGGAACAAGAUAAUGGUCCAGAAUUUCCAUUGGCAAGGCAAUUUCUGCGGUCAUAUACCUAUGUGGAUGACAUUAUUGCAGGGGCCGAUACAAGGGAAGGCAUAUUGAAGGUUCAAUGUCAAGUCGUUGGGUUGUUACAGAAAGGCUGUUUUCAGCUCAGUAAAUGGGCCAGUAAUUGCCCCGAAGUAUUGGAAGGCAUUGCGAAGGAGGACUGCGCCAGUAACCCAUACUAUGAACCUCAUUCUGGACUGGCUAUAAAAAUAUUGGGACUUUACUGGGACCCGUAUGGAGAUACAUUCGGAUACAGGUCAAAUAUUACAGAGAUGCAACCUACAAAGCGAUCAGUACUAUCAGUCCUCGCUCGAUUAUAUGAUCCCAUUGGAACAUUAGGCCCAAUGGUUUUCUGGGCUAAGUGCCUAAUGCAAGAGCUAUGGCGUCAAGGACUGAACUGGGACACUCCAAUUUCCAAUGAGAUCUCUUCCAAGUGGAAUAUGUUCAUAGAAGAACUUACAUCGUUGGCGCACUUGAAUUACUUCGUCAUAUUAGCAUUGGAAAAUGCAUAA